AUGAAGCGGGAUGAUUUUCCCAUCCUGAGCGGUUUGGCGCUGACGUCGUCUGCGCCGUGCGUGCCUGAGGGGCGCGGCCUUCCGCUCGAGGCGGAAGCGGGCACCCCCGCGCCGCAAGAUGGCGGGCGCGCGCGCGAUGCGUUAUUCAACUGGGGCGGCCGUACGCGCACGCCUCGGCACGCGGAAGCGGCACGCCCGCUCUACACGCAUUCCAAGGAAGAAAGGAGGAACGGGAAGGAAGGGCGAGUUCUGGACACAACAGACACAAAUAAACGGGAAGAAUUUGAUUGA